UCAACUAAAACCAUAGCGUGGUUUCGGUUGCGACAAUGGCGGUCUAAAUAGUUUUAAACAUUACAAACUUUAUUACAUAACGUUAGUUAUUCUUACCUAAACAACAACAAGAAUGACUCACGAUGACCCUCGAGUGGAGUGGAUUAAAAACGCAGUGUGUGUGCUGUUUGAUUUGCCUGAUUCAGGCUGUUUUGAGGAGUUACUCAGUCGCGGUGAUGGAGAGGAAGAGCAGAAAAUCAUAAGCUUUUUAAACAUAGUCACGGAGGAAGAGGCGCCGUCAACGCUUUUUUUCUUCAAAAAUGUACGAGAAGAGGAGGUUGAAGUGGAAAUUCCUGUUGAUCCGGUAGAAAGUACGGAGAAUGGCUCGGAGAGAAGUCCAUCUGUUUCGUCUGAAGGGACACUCCUGUCAGACAGAGAGAAAACCCCUGCUAACAAGAGAAGAAAAGGUCAAAAAAGAAAAAGCCAGGAGUCCUCAAACCCAGAAGACUCUCAGAGUCCGGAUUUUACAGCUGAGGGCCUGUCAGAGGCAACAAAUGGGGAUAAACCACUUCCCAAUAUCGAGGUUCAGAUUGUGUAUCAUGUAGAGCUUCAUGUGGAUGUGAACAAUAUCCCGGGGAGGUUCGAGAAAUACAAUGUCCUUUACUUCCUGAGAAACACUAAAGAAACCAUCACUGAACCUGUGGACAUAAAUGAGGCUAAUAAUUUGAUGCCCAAACUUAUUGAGUUUGGCAUGAUGAAUGACCACCCCUUGAUGACACUUAGAGGGCUUCUCAACCAUGUAUAUAUUUCUCUUCUCUCAGUGAACCAGCUGAGGCUCACUGAUGGUGGCUAUCAUGGUGUUGCUGGCUCUCAAGACUCUCAAGAGAAACAGCAACCUGCAGAAUCCCGUGGAGCUUUUGAGGUCCGAGAUGAUCUUCUCCACAGCACACAUAAAUUCUUGCAGGUCAUAGACCAAACCUUACAGCAGCUUGAAGGUGAGUUUAAAUUGCACAUUCCAGAUAUUGAUUUGGAGGGUGAGGUGGAGACGCUCUUGUCUAGUCCAGGGAUGGUGGAGAAACUUGAGCAGUGUGUGAUGAAUUGGCACACACAAAUCACAAUUGUUAUCGAAGAGCAGAAAGGGAAACAACCACAGGGACCCGGUCCUUUGGCUGAGAUUGAGUUCUGGCGUGAACGUUUUGCUGUCUUGAGUAGUUUGAGUGAGCAGCUGAACCUGCCAGUGGUGAAGAAGAUUCUGGAUGUGAUGACCCAUGCCGACUCAUUUAUAAUGCAGGAGCUGGAAAAGACGACAGCUGAGCUUAGAAAAUACCAUGAGGAGUCUGCCAAUAAUGUACAAUUCCUCACCACUUUGGAGAGACACUUCAGGAACCUUGUCACGGGACUGGAUUUCAAAGUGGUCUUGGACACUAUUCCUCAACUGAUGAACGGGCUGCGUAUAAUCUGGAUAUUAUCCAGGCAUUACAGCACAGAUGAGCGUUUGGAAUCUUUAAUGGAACGCAUUGCCUGGGAACUGUCUGAAAGGGUUGCGAGAGUCGUAAAUGUCCGUGUUCUGUUUAAAGACAAGAGAGCGGUGGCCAAGGCCAAAGCUCAGGAUGGAAAGCAAGUCUUGGAUCAGUGGAAGACCAGUUAUUUUGAGGUCCGUGCACAGAUUGAGAAAUCAGACCGUGAUCCCCGCUGGGAAUUUAAUCGCAAAAAGCUGUUUGAAAAGACGGACUAUAUGGCUUCAAUCUGUCAGGACUUGUAUAACAUCUUGCAGACUCUGGACGAGUUCUACAUCAUCUUUGGACCGGAGUUAAAAGCAGUGACGGGUGAUCCAAAGCGAAUAGAUGAUGUUUUACACCGCGUAAACUGCCUCAUCAAACCCCUUGAGGAACUUACUUUUGACCCUUUUGAUAACCGCAAAAUGAGCAGUUGGAAAAUGGUCAUACAACAAUUUAAAUCUGACGUCCAGGCCAUUGAAAGAGAAGCUAUCAGUUUCAUUGAUCACUCCUUCAAGACGCUACGUUCUUCAUCUGCAGCCUUUGACCUGCUGCUGAAAUUCAAGCACAUCCGCUCCAGAGAUGCCAUCAAUAAACAGUUGAUGAAGAAGUUUAAUGAUAUUCUUGCUCAGUACUGCAAAGAGAUGGACCUUCUAAAUGACAUAUUUAUGGAACUCAAAGAUAAUCCACCUCUGAAUAAGAAUCAUCCUCCUGUGGGAGGAGCCAUUUUUUGGGAGCGUUUCCUGUUAGACCGCAUGAAGUACCCCAUUAAACGCUUCAAGAAGGCACGUGAGCUGAUGGACAGCGAAGAGGGCAAAGUAGUGGAAUCCAAAUUCAUAGAGGUGGCUUUGCGUAUGAGGGACUAUGAGAUGGAGCUCUAUAACCACUGGAAAGCAGAGAUUAAUCAGACUCUGCCCCUUCUCAUGAAGAAAAGUGUGCUGAUCAUGGUCAACAGUACUGGGACUGUCUAUGUAGAUUCCAUACAGCCAAAUACCACUGCUCAGGGCUCAAAGAGGAUUGUGGAAAAGGAUGUGCGCUUCUCUGUAGAUUUUGCCCCUGAACUGCAAGAGAUCAUAUCUGAGACCAAACAUCUGGAUCGCUUGGGUAUCUUAUUACCAAAUGAGGCACAAAAUGUGGCUGUGCUAGAAGACAAGUUUCUGAGGUACAAAAUUGAACUGAAGAAGUUAGUAAACCAUUACCAUUCUCUGAUGGAUAAUCUAAAUGAUGCCGAGUUCUCACUAAUGGCUAAUCAGGUGCAGGAACUGAGGCAAGUGCUAAGUUCUGGGAGCAAAUUAGUCAACUGGAAUUCUUUGGGUAUACCAAAAUUCAUCCAACGCGGAAACCAGGCCACUUCCAAAUUUGAGUCAUUGAUGAACCAAGUUCAGAAGAAUGAACGAGACAUUGAAGAUAAACUUAAAUCCAUUGAAUCUGCAAACCUUUUCAAGUUCCCAACAGCAGAUAAAACCGGACACCUACCAGGAAUAAAAGAGUUCUGUGAUUUAAUUGAGAGUGAGAGGGCAAAGGUGGUGAACCUGCUGGUGAAUAAGUAUGCAGCGAUCACUCCUCUCCUCACCAAGAUGGAGAGUUUGAUAAUGGGUACCAGCACUGGCAAAGCCAAGCGCAUGGCUCAGUUCUACGCUUACUGGGAGCACAAGAUCUUUGAUUCACUUACAAAGAUGGUGCUUCAGAAUAUUCAAGCUUUUAACAACGCAUUGAUGGGCACAACUCCACUCUUCCAAAUCGAUACCAUCCUAGCUGCCCCUGAGAUUGCUUUGCUUCCCAAGAGCAGUGACGUGUACAAGCUUAUUAGACAGUGUGUCUCUGACUGUGUGGAGAGCACCAGGCAGUUCGUUCGCUGGAUGCAUGGCAGUUGCAUCCAGUGCCCUCCACAGUAUGUGGAUGGUGAAAACAAACCAUUCAUCUUCACUUUUUACAAUGAAGUGUGCCAGCUUCCACAGAUAAAUGAGCAAGCCACAGUCGUCUCCCAGACAAUGCAGCGUCUCCUUAAUGGAAUCAGCGUUUACCUCAAAACCUGGAUGAGCUACCGUGCUCUCUGGAAACUUGACAAGGCUAUUGUCAUGGAGAAGUUUGCAGCCAAGAAGCCCACAUGUGUGAUGUAUGAUGAGAAGUUUCAGUUCUAUGUCAAGGUCAGCAAUGAGGUGGCAAAACAGCCUUUGGUGAAGCAUGAACACAUAAUCAUGCUGAACCUGGAGCCGCUGGCCCAUGCUAUCCAGGAGAACGCUCAAGCGUGGGUCACCUCUCUGGGCAGGCUACUCAAUAACUCGGCCCAAGAGGAGCUUUUCAACCUGCGCAAUGAGCUGUUGAAAUUGUCAGAUAAUUUGAAGAGGAGCCCCAAUACCUUGGAGGACCUGAAAUUUGUUCUGGGCACCAUCACAGACAUUCGAGAUAUGUCUCUCUCAGUGGAGAUGAGAAUCAGUGAUAUUCAAGAGAGAUACAGAACUCUGAGCAUGUACAAUGUGGAGACUUCAGAGGAGGAGAUGCAGCUGUCUGCGAGCAUCUACAAUAUGUGGAGUGAUCUUUUUAAAGAGUCUAGACGGGUUGACCGCAGUUUGGGAAAAGUAAAGAAGACUUUUGCAGAGAUCACUCUGAACCAGAUUGAGGAGUAUAAACAGGAGAUCUCCAUAUUCGCAGAGAGCUUCAACAUGCAUGGGCCUGGAGCAGUGGGAGAUGAUCUAGAGAAAGGUUUGGAGAUCAUGGAUACCUACGAGAAGGAGUUAGCUAGGGUAGAGGCAAGCCGUCAGGACCUGGCUAAAGCUGAGAAAUUGUUCAACCUGCCCAUCACUAUGUACCCAGAGCUUCUCAAUGUACAGAAGGAGAUGAAGGGCCUGAGACAGAUCUAUGAGAUUUAUAGGAGCCAGAAAGCAGCUAAGACAGAGUGGUCGCAGACACUUUGGGUAAAUCUGGACAUAAAGCUCCUGCAGGACGGCAUUGAAGGACUUAUCAAGAGCUUGCGGAAGCUGCCGAAGGAUGUGAGAGCUCUUCCUGUAGCUUUCUUCCUAGAGGGCCGCAUGAAGGAAUUCAAGGAGUCACUCCCUCUUCUUUUGGACCUAAAAAAUAAGGCUCUCAGGGACAGGCACUGGAAGAACCUAAUGGAGAGGACAGGCACUAGCUUUGAGAUGAACCCAAACACCUUCACUCUGGAGAACAUGUUCUCCAUGGAACUGCACAAGUAUGGCAACGUCAUCAGUGAUAUCGUCACCUCAGCUGUAAAGGAGCUUGGCAUCGAGACGGGAGUAAAAGAAGUGGAGGAAACAUGGGAAAAUAUGAAGUUCAUUGUGCAGCGGUUCUUAAAAGGAACACAGGAGCAUGGUUUCAUUCUUGGUGCUGUGGAUGACAUCCUCCAGCAUUUGGAUGAUGAUGCCAUGAACCUGCAGAGUAUGGCAGGCAGCCACUAUAUAGGUCCCUUCCUGGCCACCGUGCAGCAGUGGGAGAAGAAUCUAUCACUCAUUAGUGAGAUUAUUGAGGUAUGGAUGUUAGUACAGCAAAAAUGGAUGUACCUGGAAAGCAUCUUCAUUGGAGGUGACAUUCGCUCACAGCUACCUGAGGAAGCCAAGAAAUUUGACAAUAUUGACAAAAUGUUCAAAAAAAUAAUGACUGACACAGUGAAGGACCCUGGAAUUAAGAGAUGCUGUCUGGUUCCAAAUCGUCUGGCUGACCUGCAGAACCUAAGCGAUGGUUUAGAGAGGUGUCAAAAGAGUCUGAACGAUUACCUCGAUUCCAAACGAAACGCUUUUCCACGCUUUUUCUUCAUUUCUGACGAUGAGCUGCUCAGUAUUCUGGGGAGCAGUGAGCCUACUUGUGUGCAGGAGCACAUGAUCAAGAUGUAUGACAACAUUGCAGCUUUGCGUUUUGAUACGGGAAUGAAUGGAGAGAUGGUGGCAAGGGCACUGGUGUCUGCUGAGGGGGAGAUGAUGGAGCUCAAACAACCUGUCCUUGCAGAGGGCCGUGUGGAGGACUGGAUGACUGGAGUGCUGCUGGAGAUGAGGAGAACCAACAGACUCAUCACCAAAGAAGCUAUUUAUUUCUACAACCACCAAAAGACUAGGGUGGACUGGAUGCUUGACUACCAGGGCAUGGUGGUGCUGGCAGCGAACCAGGUGUGGUGGACCUGGGAGGUGGAAGAUGUCUUCAAAAGGAUGAAUCAUGGAGAAAAGCAGGCAUUGAAACAGUAUGCAAAGAAAAUGCACCAGCAGAUCGAUGACUUAGUGAGGCGCAUCACACAACCUUUAAAUAAGAAUGACAGACGGAAAAUCAACACUGUCCUCAUCAUUGAUGUCCAUGCUAGGGACAUUGUGGACACUUUUGUCAGAGAUAGCAUUACAGAUGCUCGUGAGUUUGAAUGGGAGAGUCAAUUGAGAUUUUACUGGGUUAAAGAGCCUGAUGAACUGUUUGUGCGGCAGUGCAGUGCUCAGUUCUCUUAUGGCUACGAGUACAUGGGGUUGAACGGCCGACUGGUCAUUACUCCCCUAACUGACCGUAUCUAUCUCACACUUACCCAGGCCUUGUCGAUGUUCCUGGGUGGAGCACCAGCCGGGCCUGCGGGUACAGGGAAAACUGAAUCCACUAAAGAUCUGGCAAAAGCUUUGGGGCUUUUGUGUGUAGUCACCAACUGUGGAGAGGGCAUGGACUACAUGGCUGUAGGGAAAAUCCUUUCUGGUUUAGCUCAGUGUGGUGCCUGGGGCUGUUUUGACGAGUUCAACCGCAUUGAUGCCUCAGUGCUGUCUGUCAUCUCAUCCCAGAUCCAAACAAUCCGAAAUGCUCUCAUGCUGGACCUCAAGAGGUUUCAAUUUGAAGGUCAAGAAAUCAGUCUAGAUAACCGCAUUGGGAUCUUCAUCACGAUGAACCCCGGUUAUGCUGGGCGCACAGAACUUCCUGAGUCAGUGAAAGCUUUAUUCAGACCAGUGGUAGUCAUUGUGCCUGACCUGCAGCAGAUCUGUGAGAUCAUGCUCUUCUCUGAAGGCUUCCUUAUGGCUAAGGUUUUGGCAAAGAAAAUGACAGUGCUGUACAAACUAGCACGGGAGCAGCUGUCUAAACAGUCACACUAUGACUUUGGGCUUAGAGCACUGAAGUCAGUGUUAGUAAUGGCAGGGGAGCUGAAGAGAGGUUCACCUGAUCUCAGUGAGGAUGUUGUUUUGAUGAGGGCUCUUAGAGAUAUGAACCUGCCCAAGUUUGUAUUUGAGGAUGUUCCUCUGUUUUUGGGCCUCAUCUCGGAUCUUUUCCCCGGGCUUGACUGCCCACGUGUACGUUACCCCAGCUUUAAUGACGCUGUAGAGGCCACCCUGCAGGAAAAUAAGUAUAUAAUGCUGCCCAGCCAGGUGGACAAAGUGGUGCAAAUGUAUGAGACCAUGAUGACCAGACACACAACCAUGGUGGUUGGACCGACAGGAGGAGGGAAAUCUGUGGUGAUCAACACACUCUGCCAAUCACAGACCAGGUUGGGCCUGCUGACCAAAAUGUACUGCCUGAACCCUAAAGCGAUGAGUGUGAUUGAGCUAUAUGGGAUCCUGGACCCGAUCACUCGAGAUUGGACUGAUGGGAUACUGUCUAACAUAUUCCGUGACAUCAAUAAACCCACAGACAAAAAAGAAAGGAGGUACAUCCUCUUUGAUGGAGAUGUAGACGCUCUAUGGGUGGAGAACAUGAAUUCAGUUAUGGAUGAUAACAAGCUUCUCACGCUGGCUAAUGGAGAGAGAAUUCGUCUACAGAGCCACUGUGCUCUGCUCUUUGAGGUUGGAGAUCUGCAGUAUGCCUCCCCUGCUACCGUUUCUCGUUGUGGAAUGGUGUUUGUGGACCCCAAAAACCUUCGCUAUGCUCCCUUCUGGGAAAAAUGGGUUAACAGCAGAGCCCCCAAAGAAAAGACAGAACUCCAUAAACUGUUUGAAAAAUAUGUACCAAGUGCCAUUGAUAUGAUAGUAGAUGGUAUGGUUGAUGGUAAACAGACAGAGAAACUGAAGACUGUGAUCCCUCAGACGGAUUUAAACAUGGUGAUGCAGUUGACUGUGAUGCUGGAUUCUCUGCUGGAGAACGAGGACUUCAUUUCUGAGGAGCUGGAGUGUUAUUUUCUGGAGGCACUCUACUGUUCGCUGGGGGCUUCUCUCCUGGAAAAAGGCCGACAGAAGUUUGAUGAUUUUAUCAAAAAGAUGUCCUCUCUGAAUAGUGUUCAUGAUGAGAAGGCGCUUGCUGGCCCUGGACAAAUUCCAGUUUACUUGCCAACUCUCUAUGAUUUUCAUUUUGAUGGAACCCAAAAGAAGUGGGUUCCCUGGAGCUCCAUGGUAUCAAAAUACAUUCAUAACCCUGAUAUGAAAUUCAUCGACAUCCUUGUCCCGACAGUGGACACAACUCGUGCUAACUGGCUGUUGGAACAGAUGGUGAAGGUGAAAAGGCCAGUGGUGCUGGUUGGAGAAUCUGGCACCUCUAAAACAGCCACCAUACAGAACUUCCUGAGUAAUCUCAAUACAGAUACAACUAUAAUGAUGACCAUCAAUUUUUCAUCGAGAACAACAUCUAUGGACCUGCAGAGGACUCUGGAGGCAAGUGUUGAAAAGAGAACCAAAGACACCUAUGGUCCUCCGAUGGGAAAAAGGCUCCUUGUCUUUAUGGAUGACCUCAACAUGCCAAGGGUGGAUGAAUAUGGCACUCAGCAGCCUAUAGCUCUUCUAAAGCUGUUGUUGGACAGGGGUGGCAUGUAUGACAGAGGAAAGGAACUUAAUUAUAAACUCAUAAAGGACUUGGGCUUCAUUGCAGCCAUGGGGAAGGCAGGGGGCGGUAGGAAUGAGGUGGACCCUCGAUUCAUCUCUCUUUUCAGUGUGUUCAACAUCCCCUUCCCGGAGGAAGAAUCCCUGCACCUUAUCUACUCCUCUAUACUUAAUGGACACACCAAGCCCUUUGAGGAAUGCAUCCAAAACAUGUGUGACAAGUUGACCUUUUGUACUCUGGAUUUGUACAAAACCAUAAUUAAGGACUUACCGCCAACACCUUCCAAGUUCCACUACAUCUUUAACCUGCGAGAUCUCUCCAGAGUCUACCAUGGCUUGACAAUGACCAAUCCUGAAAGGUUCUGUACAAUCACCCAGUUUGUACGUGUAUGGAGGAAUGAAUGCUUAAGAGUCUUCCAUGACAGACUUAUCAAUGAAACUGACAAAAUCACGGUCCAGGGGCAUAUAAAGAAUCUGAUUGAAGAGCACUUCAGAUCAGACCUUGAUUCAGCCAUGAGAGACCCCAUUCUGUUUGGAGAUUACAGAACAGCUCUUAAGUCUGAACCAAGAGUUUAUGAGGAUAUACUUGACUAUGAUGCAUCCAAAGCUCUGUUUCAGGAGAUCCUGGAGGAGUAUAAUGAAAAUAAGACCAGAAUGAACUUGGUGCUGUUUGAUGAUGCUCUUGAACACCUGACUGUCAUUCAUCGCAUCAUCAGAAUGGACCGUAGUCAUGCGUUGCUGGUUGGCGUAGGUGGUUCAGGGAAACAAUCACUUACAAAGCUGGCUGCCUUCACUGCAGGUUAUGAGGUGUUUGAAAUUGUGCUUAGUAGAGGGUACUCAGAGACUAACUUUCGUGAGGAUCUGAAAACUCUGUACCUUAAAUUGGGUAUAGAGAAUAAGAAAAUGGUCUUCCUGUUCACUGAUGCCCAUGUGGCUGAGGAAGGUUUUCUGGAGCUCAUCAACAACAUGCUUACAUCAGGGAUGGUUCCAGCACUGUUCGCUGAUGACGAGAAGGAAUCAGUCCUAAACCAGCUGCGAGAUGAGGCUGUGAAAACGGGCUGUGGUCCAUCAAAAGAGAGUGUAUGGCAAUACUUUGUCAACAAGAGUGCCAACAACCUGCAUAUAGUACUUGCCAUGUCCCCUGUAGGAGACACUCUCAGAACACGCUGCAGGAAUUUCCCAGGGUUGGUUAAUAAUACAAACAUAGACUGGUUCUCCCCAUGGCCUCUUCAGGCUCUACAUGCAGUGGCCAAGACCUUCCUGGGCGAGAGUCCAAUGAUCCCAGAGUGUCAUUCAGAGGCGGUGAUUGCUCACGUGUGCAUGGUGCACGGCUCUGUGGGCGAGUAUAGUAAACUGUUCCAGCAGACACUACGUCGCAGCAACUACGUCACCCCUAAAAACUUCCUGGACUUUAUUAGCACCUACUCCAACCUACUUGAGGACAAAGAUAAAUACAUACUGGCACAAUAUAAACGCCUAGAAGGAGGUUUGGAUAAGCUGAAGGAGGCGAGUGGUCAGCUAGCAGAGCUCAACAUCAAACUAGCUGAGCAGAAAGUGGUGCUGGCAGAAAAGACUUCAGCCUGUGAGAUCCUUCUAGAAGAGAUCUGCUCUAAUACUGCUGUUGCGGAGGAGAAGAAAGCCCUGGCGGAGGAGAAGGCUAAAGAGAUAGAGGAGCAGAAUAAGGUGAUAGUGGUGGAGAAGAAGGAUGCCGAGAGCUCUCUUGCUGAGGCUCUUCCUGCUUUAGAAGCCGCUCGCAUGGCCCUGCAAGACCUGGACAAAUCUGAUGUCACGGAAAUCAGAACCUUCGCCAAGCCACCCAAACAGGUGCAGGUUGUGUGCGAGUGCAUCCUAGUGAUACGGGGGUAUAAAGAGAUCAACUGGAAGACAGCCAAGGGCAUGAUGUCAGAGGGCAACUUCCUGCGUCUGCUUAUGGAGAUGGACUGUGACUCAAUCAGUGCCAAUCAAGUGAAGACUGUCAAAGCCUACUUAAGGAACCUCAACACCAGUUUGGAGGAGAUGCAAUCCAUCAGUAAAGCUGGUUUUGGCAUGCUAAGGUUCGUGGAGGCAGUCAUGGGCUACUGUGAAGUCGCCAGAGACAUCAAACCUAAGCGAGAAAAGGUAGCUCGUCUGGAGAGGAAUUUCUUCCAGAGCAAACGUGAGCUGGAGCGAAUCCAGAAUGAGCUCAGUGCCAUCCAGAAAGAGCUUGGAGCCCUUGGAGAGAAAUAUGAGGCUGCCAUGACAGAAAAGCAACUUCUGCAAGAUGAGGCCGAGGUUAUGGAGAGAAGACUCAUUGCUGCAGACAAACUCAUCUCAGGCCUGGGAUCAGAGAAUAAGCGCUGGAUGGAGGACCUGGAGGAGCUGAAGCAGCGGCGAGUACGUCUUCUGGGAGACUGUCUGAUCUGCGCUGCAUUCCUCAGCUAUGAGGGAGCAUUCAGCUGGGACUUCCGGAAUGAAAUGGUUUAUGAGGUGUGGCAGGCAGAUGUCCUAGAGAGAGGUAUUCCUCUGAGCCAGCCUUUCCGAAUAGAAAACCUGCUCACUGAUGAGGUGGAGAUCAGCCGAUGGGGAUCUGAAGGCCUUCCUCCAGAUGAACUUUCAGUGCAGAAUGGCAUCCUGACCACCAGAUCCAGCCGCUUCCCCCUGUGCAUUGACCCCCAGCAGCAAGCCCUCAACUGGGUCAAAAAGAAGGAGGAGAAGAACAAUCUGAAGAUCUCGUCAUUCAAUGACCCAGACUUCUUGAAGGGGCUGGAGUUGGCCAUUAAGUAUGGUUUCCCCUUCCUGUUCCAAGAUGUGGAUGAAUAUAUUGAUCCAGUUAUUGACAAUGUCCUUGAGAAGAAUGUAAAAGGGGCAGAGGGACGCCAGGUUGUCGUACUUGGUGAUAAGGAAGUUGACUAUGAUCCCAACUUCAAACUUUAUCUCAAUACCAAACUUGCAAACCCCAAGUUUUCUCCUGCUAUAUUUGGGAAGGCCAUGGUUAUCAAUUACACAGUAACCCUAAAGGGCCUGGAAGAUCAGCUGCUGAGUGUUAUCGUGGGAUUUGAGCGGAAGGAACUGGAAGAGCAGAGAGAACGGCUUAUUCAAGAGACUAGUGAGAACAAACGUUUGCUGAAAGACCUGGAGGACUCACUGCUGAGAGAGUUGGCCACCUCCACUGGAAACAUGCUGGAUAAUGUAGAACUGAUACAGACUCUGGAGGAAACAAAGUCCAAAGCCAGUGAGGUGUUCGAGAAACUGAAGCUGGCAGAAAAGACAUCCAUUGAUAUUGACAUACUGAGAGACGGCUACCGUCCGGCUGCCAAGCGGGGGGCUGUCCUGUUCUUUGUGUUGUCUGAGAUGGCUCUGGUCAAUAGCAUGUAUCAGUAUUCACUUGCUUCCUUCUUAGAGGUGUUUGACCUUUCACUGUCCAAGUCUCUACCCAACACAAUCCUGCCCAACAGAUUGAAGAACAUCAUGGACACACUUACACAGAAUGUCUAUAACUAUGGUUGUACUGGUCUGUUUGAAAGACACAAACUUCUCUUCUCGUUCAACAUGACUAUUAAGAUUGAGCAGGCAGAUGGCCGAGCACCCCAGGAUGAACUUGAGUUCUUCCUCAAAGGUAACCUCUCUCUGGAGAAGAGCAAACGUAAGAAGCUGUGCGACUGGCUGCCUGAUCAGGGCUGGGAGGAUAUAGUGCGCCUUAUGGAACUUUUUCCAAAUGAAUUUGGCACUUUAGCUGAUGAUAUAGAAAAGAAUCCUGAGGAAUGGAAGAAAUGGUAUGACUUGGAGGCUCCAGAGCAGGCUUUCUUCCCCAUGAAGUACAAGGACAGCCUCACUCCCUUCCAGAAGCUUCUGCUGAUCCGCUGCUUCAGGCUGGACAGAGUCUAUCGUGCUGUUAGCGAUUACGUCACGCUUACCAUGGGAGAGAUAUACGUACAGCCCCCCGUUAUCAGUUUUGAAGCCAUCUUUGACCAGAGCUCCCCAAACUCCCCCAUUGUGUUUAUUCUGAGUCCAGGCUCAGAACCAGCCAAUGAUCUGAUGAAAUUAGCCAAACGCUCUGGCUUUGGGGCCAACAGACUCAAAUUUCUUGCCAUGGGGCAGGGACAGGAGAAGGUAGCAUUGCAGCUGUUGGAUACUGCAGUGGCACGAGGGCAGUGGCUGAUGCUUCAAAACUGUCACCUUUUAGUGAAAUGGCUGAAGGAUCUAGAGAAAGCACUGGAAAGAAUCACUAAACCCCACCCAGACUUCCGUCUCUGGCUCACUACUGAUCCCAUUAAGGACUUCCCUAUCGGCAUCCUGCAGAAAUCCCUCAAGGUUGUAACAGAACCUCCAAAUGGGCUGAAGCUGAACAUGAGGGCGACGUAUUUUAAGAUCCCUCACGAUAAGCUCAUGGGCUGUGCUCACCCAGCCUUUCGCAGUCUGGUUUAUGUGCUGGCCUUCUUCCAUGCUGUGGUACAGGAAAGACGCAAGUAUGGCAAGAUCGGCUGGAAUGUGCCUUAUGAUUUCAACGAGUCCGACUUCCUGGUGUGUAUGGAAAUUUUGGACACCUACCUGACCAAAGCCCAAACUCAAGGAGAUGCCGCGAUACCAUGGGGAAGUCUCAAAUACCUAAUUGGAGAGGUGAUGUAUGGUGGCAGGGCUAUUGACAGCUUUGAUCGUAGGAUCCUCACAGUUUACAUGGAUGAGUAUCUGGGUGACUUCAUCUUUGACACCUUCCAGCCCUUCCACUUCUUUCACAAUAAAGAUGUGGACUACAAGAUCCCACCACACGGACCCAAGCAGGUUUAUGUUGAUGAGAUAGAGUCGCUGCCUCUUGCUAACACGGCAGAGGUGUUUGGUUUACACCCUAAUGCUGAGAUCGGAUACUACACACAGGCUGCUCGAGACAUGUGGACUCAUCUUAUUGAGCUACAACCUCAGACAGGUGACUCUGGCGGUGGCAUUAGUAGAGAUGAGUACAUCAGCCAAGUGGCACGGGACAUUCAGAGCAAACUGCCUGAAGAAUUUGACCUGGAUGUGAUCCGCAAGAAGAUGGGGCUGGAGAUCUCCCCAACAUCUGUAGUACUGCUACAAGAGCUGGAGCGCUUCAACAAACUUACGCUCAGGAUGAGACGUUCUCUGGCUGAACUACAGCGAGCCCUGGCUGGUGAGGUGGGAAUGAGCAGCGAGUUAGAUGAGGUGGCGAGAGCUCUGUUUAAUGGGCAGAUUCCUGUUAUCUGGAGGAAACUGGCACCAGAUACUCUAAAAUCUCUAGGGAACUGGAUGAUCCACUUCAAGAGACGACAUGAACAGUACAGCUCAUGGGUGAAUGAGGGAGAGCCCUGCGUGAUGUGGUUGUCAGGCUUGCAUAUCCCAGAAUCGUACCUGACAGCACUGGUCCAGGCCACCUGCAGGAAGAACGGCUGGCCUCUGGAUCACUCCACUCUCUACACACAGGUUACACAGUACAGGAGUGAGGAUGAGAUCAAAGAGAGACCAGGACAGGGAUGUUAUGUAUCAGGACUGUAUCUGGAGGGGGCAGACUGGGACAUUGAACAGGGCUGUCUGGUGCGCAGCAAACCCAGAGUUUUAGCGUCUCAACUACCCGUUCUCAAAAUCAUUCCCAUUGAAGCACGUCGCCUCAAACUCCAGAACACCCUGAAGACUCCAGUCUACACCACCUCAAUGAGGAGGAAUGCUAUGGGUGUUGGACUGGUGUUUGAGGCUGAUCUUUUCACCACCAAGCACAUUUCUCACUGGGUACUGCAGGGAGUGUGUCUGUGCCUCAAUGCUGACUGAUACUCUGACUGAUAUUAAAUGAA